AUGACUGAAAUCGAGGCGUUGAAACCGGUGAUGGGUAUUGCUAACUUGUUGGGAUUAGCUUCGGCUUAUGGGAUGUGUGUGUGGGUUACGUUCAUUUCGAGCACUGUGUUGGCUGAAGUGCUACCUAGACAGCAAUUUGGGGCGGUGCAAAGCAAGAUACAUCCUGUUUACUCCAAAGCUAUGGGUUUUAGCGUUGGGUUGGCCCUGUUGGGGCACCUUUUGGGGCAGGGUAAAACACUAUUCUCUAGCAAUACCGAGAUGAUUCAAGCGUUCAAUCUUUUGAGUUCCUUUUUCUUGGUUUUGGUCAAUGCACUGUAUCUCGAGCCUAAAGCCACAAAGGUUAUGUUGGAGAGGAUGAGAAUCGAGAAGGAAGACCGAAGAGGAAGAGAGAGCUUUGUUGUGGAAGAAAGCAGGGCGAGCGAAGCAGCAAUGAAAAGCAUGGAAUCCCCAUCGUCGGCAGCCACCAUCGGUAGGCUGAAUGAGAGGCUGAAGAAGCUAAAGGCAAAAUCAUCGCUUCUUAAUGUUCUUACCCUAAUUGCUCUCACUUGGCAUCUUGUUUACCUCGCCCACCGCCUAAGCUUCAACAGUUGUUGA